AUACUAAGUUAUUUAUCUUAAUUGACACGUAAUAUACUUUAUAAUUAGACAACAGCUGUAAAUAUAGGAAAACGAACUUUUUGCUGAAUAAAAAUUUUUAAAUAAAAACAUAAUCCAAUAAUUUUCAACACAUUAUUCUAGAUUUUAGUUCCAUAGACAAGGUCUUUGAAUUGUGUAUAGACGGUCAGAAGAAAUUCGAAAAAGAAGUGAAAAUUAAAAACGAAUAUGUUUUUCAAAGCAUGGAUAUUUUUAUAUAUAAUUUGUUGGGGUUUUGGAAAUAUUCUGACAAAGGAUAUUCCUGAUACAAGACCAAAUAUAGUGUUAAUAAUGACAGAUGAUAUGGGUUUAGACGAUACCAGUUUUCGUGGAGGUAAAGAAUUUCUGACACCCAACAUUGAUGCUUUAGCCUAUCAUGGAAAGAUUUUGAAUCGUUUGUAUACACCACCCAUGUGUACACCAUCCAGGGCGGCUCUAAUGACAGGACUUUAUCCCAUACGCACUGGUACCCAACAUUACGUCAUACUUAAUGAGGAUCCCUGGGGUAUAUUAGAUAAUAUCACCAGCAUGGCAGAGAUCUUUCAGGCAGAAGGUUAUUCAACAAAUCUAGUGGGUAAGUGGCAUUUGGGAAUGGGACGCAAAGAGUUUACACCUACCUAUAAGGGAUUCGAUACACACUACGGAUAUUGGGGAGCUUAUAUAGAUUAUUUCCGCAUGAGAUCGCAAAUGCCGGUAAGUUGAGGGAGUUAAAAAUCAUAUCUGAACUAAUAAUGCAUAUCAUUUUAGAGCAAUUACAGUUUGGGUUAUGAUUUUCGUCGUAAUAUGGAGUUGGAAUGUCACCCAGAGGGCAGUUAUGUUACAGAUCUUUUCACCCGAGAAGCAGAAAGUAUUAUUUUGAAGAAUAAGGGACAACUAUUAUUAUUAGUAGUCAAUCAUUUGGCUGUACAUACAGCCAACGAUGAUGAACCUUUACAGGCGCCACAAGAUGAAAUUGACAAGUUUGACUAUAUACCCGAUAUCAGAAGAAGAACCUAUGCGGCCAUGGCCUCUAAAUUGGAUGAAAGUGUGGGUAGAAUUGUCAAGGCCUUGGAUAAAACAAAUCAAUUGAAGAAUUCUAUUAUUAUAUUCUAUUCCGAUAACGGAGCACCCUCUGUGGGAUUAUUUAGUAAUACUGGAUCUAAUUGGCCUUUAAGAGGGCAAAAAAAUUCUCCCUGGGAGGGAGGUAUACGAGUAACAGGAGCUAUCUGGAGCCCAUUACUGAAAAACAAGGCAUCUAUAUAUCAACCACCCAUUUACGUGGGUGAUUUUUUGCCAACUUUAGCUGCUGCUGCCAAAAUUCCCUUGGACACUUGGCAACUACAACUGGAUGGUUUGAAUCACUGGCCCGAUUUGGUAGCCUCCAAAACGAACACCCUCAUAACCUCCAAUAGUGAUAGGGAAAUUGUACACAUGCUGGAUGAGAUAUAUCAUGUAAAAUCCUUUAUGAAAGGCCAGUACAAAUAUAUCAAGGGCACAACAAUAGCAGGUCUAUAUGAUCAUGUUUUAUUACAAAGAAAUCCCAAUAUUACCGAUCCCCGAGAAGCUAACUAUGUCGAUGUAAUACAAAAUUCAUUAGUUUCUUUAGCCGUAGCAAAAUUCGACGACUCCCCUUUAAGUGCCACAAAAAUUGAAAGUCUUCGAACUCAAGCACAAGUAGAAUGUGGACAACAAUUACACACACCUUGUAAUCCUUUGCAAGAAGAAUGUCUCUUCAAUAUUUGGCAAGAUCCUUGCGAACAAAAUAAUUUAGCUAGAAAUCCAGAAUAUCAAGAUAAAUUAAAUGAAAUGAAACAGAGAUUGGAAGAGUUAAGACAAUUGGCCAUAACACCGCGUGUGGGAGGUAGUCAAAUUGAUAACGAUCCUUCGAGACAUGACUGCACCUGGGUGAAUUUUUUGCAAGAACCAGUAAAAAAUUAUAUUUUGGAAUGUGAUAAUAAUUCGCCACCUUGCCAAGCGGGAAUAUAAAAAUUUUGGAGUACUUAGCAAAUAAUGAAA